UUCUGCAGAACAUUUGCUUAGCCACUCUUGCUCCACACUUGCCGUUGCCUUAAGCUGCACCCUUUUCUUUCUGAAGUUUUUGUUUCACAAAAGUACAGUGAAGUUUCAGCAUUCCCUGAAGUACCGAAUAGGCAUUCAAAGAGAUGCCACUUAGCAAAGAUCAUUGCAUUUUGAUGAACGAUGGGAACAAAAUUCCUGUGCUUGGAUUUGGUACCUUUGCUGCAGAUGAUGUUGAAAAAAGUAAAUGUGAGGAAGCUACAAAGAUAGCCAUAGAAGUCGGCUUCCGGCAUAUUGAUUGUGCUUAUCUAUACAACACUGAGGAACAGGUUGGGCGAGCUGUUCGUGAGAAGAUUGCAGAUGGCACAGUAAAAAGGGAGGACAUUUUCUAUACGGGAAAGCUUUGGAGCACCUUCUACCGUCCUGAGUUGGUUCGGACAUGCCUAGAACAAUCACUGAAGAAACUCCAGUUUGAGUACAUGGAUCUGUUCAUAAUGCACAACCCUUAUGCUUUUAAGCCUGGACCAGAUCUCUUACCUACAGGAGAAAAUGGAAAACCUAUUUAUGACAACGUAGAUAUUCGUCAGACAUGGGAGGCAAUGGAGGCAUGUAAAGAUGCCGGCUUAGUGAAGUCUAUUGGAGUCUCCAACUUCAACCGCCAACAACUGGAAAUGAUCCUCAAUAAGCCGGGAUUGAAAUACAAGCCCGUCCUAAACCAGGUUGAAAGCCACCCUUAUCUGAACCAGAGCAAGCUGCUGGCCUUCUGCAAAUCAAAGGACAUUAUUCUUGAAGCAUAUAGUGUCUUGGGGUCCCAAAGGGUACCUGCAUGGUUAAAUAAAGAGAUGCCCAUUCUGCUUGAAGACCCUACACUGGCCGCUAUCGCCAAGAAGUACAACCAAAGCCCGGCCCCUGUGAUUUUACGCUACCUGCUGCAGCGUGGCCUAGUGGUUCUGGUGAAAUCAUUCAACAAAAAGCGGAUAGAAGACAAUAUCCAGGUGUUCGAUUUCCAUCUUUCUCAGGAGGAUAUGGAGUCCAUUGAUGGCCUUAACAGAAACCAGAGCUGCUUUAAAGUGGAUGUAUUUACUGGGCACCCACAGUAUUUACCACCAAUUGAAGACUAGGAUGCCAAUAAGCUGUAACAUCCAAAAUGAAUCUUUAAACUCAGGAAAAUAUGAAAAGGUAAAGAGUGCUGUGUUGAAGUCAGAACACCUAAGCUGUAAAGUGAAAUCUAUGAAGAAACCUUGUUAAAGUAACCUAAGUCUGAUACUACCAACCUCUCACUUUUAAGAUCUGUGACUACAGAUAGUAAGCUUUAAGAAGAUUAUUGUGCCUAAUGCUUGUGAAGUAAUCUGUUCUACGAUCAAAAUUUACCUCAGCUUUAUUUUCCCUGCCUACCCAUAUAUCAGCCCUGCCUGUUUUAAUAAACUUGCUGUUUCCUUUUGAACUUUA